UCUGCUCCAUAUGCAUCCCCCACAUUAUUAUUGUUAUUCCUCCUGCUUCUCCAUGAUUCCCUCUCCUCCUGCUAAUUGAAUUACAUUCAGCAUUGAACAGAUGAGUAUAGUGGUCAUCAGUGUGGACCUGCAAUGCUGCCGCUGCGACGCCAAGAUCAGGAGGGUCCUAGACUGCCUAGAAAAGGAGUACUGCAUCGAGAAGGUGGAGUACGAUGUGAAGAUCAACAAGGUGAUCGUGCGCGGGAAGUUCGACGCCGAGAAGCUCUGCAAGAAGAUCUGCUGCAAGGCCGGCAAGAUCAUCAAGGAGAUCAUCAUCGUCGAGGUCUGGCCGCCGCCGAAGCCUCCUGUGAAGCCCCCUGAGCCGCCCAAGCCCUGCCAUUGCUGCACCUGCGAGAAGCCCAAGCCAUGCCACUGCGACAAGCCCAAGCCAUGCCACUGCGAGAAACCCAAGCCGUGCCAUUGCGAGAAGCCCAAGCCGUGCCACUGCGAGAAGCCGAAGCCGUGUCACUGCGAGGAGAAGCCGUGUGAGAAGCCUUGCAAGAAGCCGGAGAAGCCGCCGGAGAAGCCACCGGAGAAGCCCCCGCCGAAGCCGGAAUGCAAGCUGGUGCCGUACCCUUACCCGGUGCCGUACCCGUACCCGGGCGCGCCGUGGUGCUGCCCGCCGCAGCAGCAGCCGUGCAGCUGCUGCCCCAAGCCGCCGCCGGAGCCACCCAAGCCGCCGCCGCCGGAGCCGCCCAAGCCGAAGCCCUGCGGGUGCUCCCACAACUUCGUCUGCGUCUGCAAGCCCGUGCUGCCGCCGCCGUGCGGGUGCCCAGGCGGCGCCGGCCAUGGGAACUGCACCUGCGGCGGCUUCAGGCCCUGGCCGCCGCAGGUGUGGCCGCCGCCCGGCGUCGUCUGCCCGCCGCCGACGGUGUGCUUCACCGAGGACAACUCCAACGCCUGCUCCAUCAUGUGAUCACUCAUCUCGUCGUCGUCGUCGUCGUCCUCCUCCUGCUGCUGCUCGAUCGAAACCAUGGCUUGAUGUUCUUCGAUCUGUUCAUGCCACCUGCUGGUGGUGGCUACCUUCCCUGCCUCGGAAGUCGGAAUAAAUUAAACGUGAGGCGAACGUUAAUCCAGUGUUGCUUGUGUAGUGUACGUGCAGCGUGGUUGAUUUCUAUCGUGUAAUCUACGUACAAUAAUUAUGUUAACCUCAUGUAAAUUUGUUUGUUUAUUUAUGUUUGAUAUGUACAAUUAUGUACUACACCGAUUUCAAUAUAAGUAUAUUUCAAACAUUCUCAUCU